UAAAACACUGAUAUCGCGCACUGAAGUCGAAGUGCAAACUGAUUCAAACCUUGGACAAGUCACAAAGAAUAUAUGAACAUGUUGUGAACGUGCUCCAAUUUAUUGUGCAUGUGUAAUUGGUACGUCGCGACGCAUGGCAACCUGUUACUGAAGACGCCUAGACCUUGGUCGAUCGAUCCAAUCCAUCCAACGUAGCGGGUUUCGCAUGUACACCAUCCAAACACACAUACACGCACACACCACCACCGUCUGCACGUAUAACAUCUGUAAUUGUAACCGAAAUCUACAGAAAAUUAAUCCUCCUACACGUCUAUUACAAGACCUUUAAUCCAAUUUUCGCCGCAAUCGCAAAAUUGUACGUGUGAAAUAUGGGGAAACAUUUCCACACCGUGGCCGCAAUGGCCUGUAUGAAAAGUCUUCUAUUGGUCUUCAAUUUUCUAUUCUUGAUUUCAGGGAUAGCUAUUGUUUGUAUUGGAAUAUGGAUGGAAGUUGAACUUUACAAGUACAUGGAAAUGAGUACUGAAUUCUCAGCACAUGCUCCAUUCGUACUUAUCUUUUUAGGAACCAUUAUUAUUCUACUGGCGUCGUUCGCUUGUUGUUGCACUAUCAAAGAGCAUCCAUAUCUUCUGUAUAGCUAUGGAACAAUUUUGGCGAUAUUAGUGGUAUUGCAAUUCGGCGCCGGCAUGUCGAUUUUCGCGUACCGCACAAAAUUGAUGGCUGGAUUCAAUCAGGGAUUGAAUCAGAGCAUGAUAAACUACCGGUCCAAGGAUCAGGAGAAAGUCGCCGACUUCGACGCCAUCCAGGCAACGCUUCAUUGCUGCGGAAAUCGUGGAUACUCCGACUGGUUUAAUUUGGAGCCACCACUACCAAUCCCACCUUCCUGUUGCAUCAAGGACGAUUGCGACACUGCUGAACCGGAUCAAAUUUACACAGAGGGAUGCUAUCAAAAAGUUGUUGGUUUCUUGGACGGAAACAUAGGUAUGGUUGCUGGAUCAGCUAUAGCCAUAGCAUUUUUCCCGUUGAUAGGUGUUGUGUUAUCCUGUUGUUUGGCUAGAAUGACAAACAAAGCUAAAUACGAGCAGAUGACUUAAAUUAUUAACAUCUUUAACACUUUUUAACUCUCUAUUAUAUUAAUCUACGUCCUUUGAAACUAUUAUAUAUGUGUGAUAUUACUCCACAGUUAGUACUAUUCUAUGCUUCUGGGUGUCUAUUUAAUAUCACAACGAUUGUUAUUACUACUAUAGUAUUUUUUGAAAAGAUAUAUCAAAUACACUACAUAUAUUCAAU